AUGGCAGUAGUUGCAUCUUUAUUAUCAAGUUUAAUAUUAUUUUCUGUGAUAAUUAGCGCUACAUAUGCCAUACUUGGUAGCGGAGACAAAAUUUAUAUGGAUAAAUUAUGCCAAUCAGUAAUUCAAUUAGAUGGGGAAACUAAGCCUGGCGUUUCGUUUUCUUUUACGAGUAGUGCCAAAUAUAAAGCAGAUACAAACUGUACUCUAACAUUUAAAACGGCACAAAAAAAUCAAAACAUCAUUGUGACAGUCGAAAAACUGGAUAUUAGUGAUUUCGACGAUGUUACAUGUGGUGAUUAUCUUAAAAUUUAUGAUGGCAAAUUUGGUGGAACGGUAUUAAACAAAAAUGCGGCAGAACAAUGUGGAUCGUCAACUCGCUACUAUGUUAGUACAUCAGACGCUGUGGUAUUUCAUUUUGUCUCUAAUAAAGCCCGUGAAUCACGUGGAUUUAAAGCAAGUGUAGCUCUACAUUUUCCACGUAAGUAAAAAGAUAUAAAACAUCAUAGUCGAAAAUAUUUUCCAUUAUUUUUAAUACUUUUUAGUUGUUAAUGCGUGUCCUCAACAACUUGGAUUCUACUUGUGUCACAACAAAAAUUGCAUAUCAAAAUUGUUAACAUGUGACAAUCAUAAUCAUUGUGGCGAUAAUUCUGAUGAGCUUUCUUGUGGUGUUGGAAAAAAAUAAUUCUUAUAAGAGAAUCAGUUUUUUAGUUGUUGUAGCAUGCAAAAGCGGGGUUUUUUGAUUGCUUGUUCUAAGCUGAUAAAAGUUAUCAUCAUGACUGUAAUAAAUAAAGUACUUGAACUCUAUUUGAAUAAGGAAAGAAUGCUGUUUUUUCAUAUCUCUCACAACUCAUAUACUAGGCUGCACUCGAAACAUUUUUCGAAAUGGACUGAGUCUAGAAAAAAAAAUGAGUUCACAGUUCAAGAUUCAUUUUUCAUUUAUUGAGAAGUUAAAAGAAUAAAAUACUCUUCCUGCAUUCACUUCGAUAGCAUUGUUUGAUAUGAAUAGUUUAUAUACAAAUAAUUCAUGAGAUAAGACUAAUGAAUAUAUCAUAAAAAGACUAGAUCGAUCUUCACUAGAGAUAUCCACGGGUACCGUUUUUCGACCCGCACUAGAUCCGAACAUUUUUUUCUACCCGUAUCCGUAUUAGACCUGACAAGUUAUCAUUACCUUCUCAAGUAACUCUCUUAAAAUUUAAUGUAUCGGGUGUCCCAGGUAAAAUGGCCCUUUUUUGUUUUUGCGAUAACUCCAUCAUUUUUUGUGCAAUCUGCUCGAACUUUUUUUAAACGAUGCGCCAUUUAAUUCUCUAUAAAAACAUGUGUCACCAAUUUUCUCGCAGUAGAAAUUCUUAGAGUUAUAAAAGAAGAAGCGAGGAUGUGUAAAAGUUCCACUUUAAAGUAUGCUCUUUCUAAUGGCCUACAAGUAACGUUUGUUGUCCACUUCGCUGGCUCAAAAAGUCAAAAUUUUUUGCAAGUACCAAAAAAUUCGGCUUUUUUUACAACUUGUGUCAAAUAGAGUAGACAUGCGGUAUGCCAAAUUAUCAAAAGCGAUUUCAUCGAGCAAGUGCGACUACAGGCUACAAAAUGAAAAAAAAAUUAUCGAAAAAAGAAAAAAGGGCCAUUUUACC